CCUUUAUUCUCAUGAGUGACGUGAAGAAAGAAAGCAAGAAGGCCGAGGAUGUCGUCGCGCAGACCGACGAGGCUCAGGUCGGGCUUGUGAUUAAGAUUCUCGGUCGCACUGGCUCCCGCGGCGAGGUGAGUCAGGUUCGUGUUCGCCUGAUGGCCCCCGCUGGCUCCCCUGAUGCAAACCGCACCAUCGUGCGCAACGUCAAAGGGCCAUGCAAUGAAAAUGACAUGCUGUCCCUGAUGGAAACCGAACGUGAGGCACGCCGCUUGAACUAAAAAGUCCGCUGCUUCCGUGAGUUUAGGGCAUUUUUUCCUUACGUUUUAUUUAGGAUUUAAUUAAUAAUCUGAUUUUACUAUAAAUGUUUUUAAUAGUAUGAAUUUCUAUGUAAGUUUGUUUAUUA